GAAUUACAUAGAAUUGAGGUAUAAAAAAGAAGAAUGAUGGUCUAGGAUGGAAUAGAGAUUUAUGCAACCGUCUAGGCUCCACGCUGGACAGCUCGAGGCGUCCAUGGCUGUGGUUCGUCAGAUGAAUGUGAUUGUCGUUGCUCUGCCCAUGGAUUAUGCUUGUAAUGUUUGGCGUCCUCUUGAAGUUUCUGUUUUUGUUGUUCUUUCAGACUACGUUCGGGGGCACUAGCAUCAUUAGCAUCUCCCACUCCAGCGUUUGAUGGGAGAACGGUCGUUUCAACGUUAUUGCGAUGCAGAGCCUCCGAGUCCCUAUCGUUCGUGCCGAAGGUCAGUCGAAGCCGCUGUGCACGUUCUUCGCGAUCACGAGCUUCGAUGAAGGCAACGUUGUGGCGGAGACGUUCGAGUCGUGCUACAUCUGCUCGCAGUUCCUCAGGCGUAGGCGGAUCGCGUCGCGUAUGUGUGAGCCAAGCUUUCCAUUGGACUGCGAGUUGUCUACUUCUCUCCGCAACGGCAAGUGUAUCCAUCUGACCUCGGUAUUUCACGACACGACGCGUUCUGCGCGGGUCUCCCGUGGUUGAGGCAUGUUCGUAAAAGUAGUUACCUUGUAGGUCUUUGCCUACGUAACCUGUGGGUCUACGGAUGAAAUUCCAGAGGCGGGCGAACAUGAACGACAGAAGUUAAGUAACAAAUGUCAGAUUACACUGACUAAAUAAGGAAAGUUCCCACGAAUAGAGAUAUUCAUAGCAUGAAGUUAACGCGAGGAUGACGCGUCGCGCACGUACUGUCCUCUGUCCUCUGUCCUCACUCUCUUCCUCACUCUCCUGCUUUGCUACCCACCACCAUGGCACCACCGGACGUCGAGAUGAAGUCCGAAGACCAAUCCAAAGACAAAGAAGACAAAAAGAAAGACGAAGAGAAGGAAAAGGAGAAGACUCCACCACCUCUAACUCCCGUACAAGAAAUCAAAGCCAACGUCGCACUCAUCGAGCGUGGUGUCUCGACUCUUGAGCCGAGGUUCACGCAUAGGGUGUUGAGGAACUUGACUGCACUGCGGAGGAAGUUGGAUGAUGGUGUGUUGAGGGAUGCACUUGGGGAGGUGUAUGUGAAGGACUCGUCCGAGAAGAAAGCACUUCUCUCAUGGCUCCCUGAUGCACCCGAAGGCGAAGGCGCAAUGGAGAUCGAUGGCGUACCCGCUAACAACAACAACGCGCCACACCAACAAAAGUCUGGUACAUCUCCACAACCACCAACGGAUCCUCUCCCAGAGAGCGAAGUCUACCUUCGCUUGCUAAUUAUCCACCAUUUAUUGAACUCACCUGAGACGCGUCCGAAGGCGUUCACACUUGCUCAUGAGACGGUAGAUAAGAUCCAGGCGUGGAAUCGGAGGAGUAUGGAUCCGCUUGCUGCGCGUGUCUGGUUUGCGCUUGGACGGGCGUAUGAACUUGCGGGUGAGUUGGAGGAUGUGAGGCCACUCCUACUCACGGCACAAAAAACUGCUUCCCUUCGGCGCGAUGACGAAUGUCAAGCAGUGCUCAUCAACCUCUUGUUACGCAAUUACCUGCAUUACAACCUAUACGACCAAGCAGACAAGCUGGUAGCGAAGACGACUUUCCCGACUUCUGCGGGCAACCCUCAACUUGCGAGAUACCACUACUACCUCGGUCGUAUCAAGGCCGUACAGCUGAACUACUCCGACGCGCAUACAAACCUUCAACAAGCGAUCCGUCGUGCACCUGCAGCGAAAGCUGCACCUGGGUUCUUCCAAGCUGUACACAAGUUCUUUGUCGUCGUCGAGCUGCUUAUGGGUGACAUACCCGAACGCGGCCUCUUCCGACACCCGGUCCUCGUCGACGCCUUGGCGGGUUAUUUCGAGAUCGUUCGGUCAGUGCGGACGGGUAACCUCGCACAAUUCCAAGAAACACUCCGCACCUACCAAACUCAAUUCGCGUCUGACAAGACACAUACCCUGAUCGUUCGUCUCCGACAGAACGUCAUCAAAACAGGUGUUCGUCGGUUAUCCCUCUCGUACAGCCGGAUUUCUCUGCGAGAUAUUUGUUUGAAGUUGCAUUUGGAUUCGGAGGAGGAUGCGGAGUAUAUUGUUGGGAAGGCGAUACGGGAUGGGGUGAUUGAUGGACGGAUUGUGCAUGAGAAGGGGUGGUUGGAGUGUGGUGGUGCGAAGAGUGGGUAUGGGGCGGAUGUUGCGGAGGCAUAUCAGAGAAGGAUUGGGUUUUGUUUGCAGUUGCAUAAUGAGAGUGUUAAGGCGAUGCGAUACCCGCUUAACGCACACCGGAAGGAGCUGGCUGCUGCUGAGGGAGCACGGGAGCGCGAGAAGGAGUUGGCGAUGGAGAUACAGGAUGGGGACCUUGAUGAUGAUGACGGUCUCGGGGACUUCUAAACAGGUAGAUAGGAGUUAGAAGGUGUUGCUCUAGAUGAUAAACGAUAUUGUCAAUGAUAUGGACGUGGC